AUGAGGUGGGGGCCCCCCGUCUCAGCUCGCAGCAGCAAGCUCACGCUGCUGCGGCAGAGGGCCCCACAGGGGCCCCUUUGCCUCUCCAUUGCUUCGGCCCGGCUGCCUAUUGCAGCACAAGGGGGCCCCCCAGGGGCCCCCUGGGGGGCCCCCCUGUGGGGGCCCCCUGGGAGCCCCCCGGGGGGCCCCCUUAGUCUGCGGUUGGGGCCCGCGAGGGGUACUGGCUGGUGCAGCAGCAGAUUCUCCUCAACACAAGUUCCCGCUGCAGGUGCUGCCAAGGCCUCAGAUAUGAAAGCUGAAGCAGCAGCAGCAACAGCAGCAGCAGCAGCAGCAGCGAACAGCAAGUUGCCGCAGCAGCAGGGGCUGCAAAGCCCUGCAGGAGGUUCUGCUUCUCCUAGCGAAGCAGCAGCAGCAGCAGGGACCCGCCGCAAAGCAGGCAAAACAAAACGCGGCCUGAAGCUGUUGGCAGCAGCAACAGUAGUUGCUGCUGCUGCCGCUGCUGUGGCUGCUGCUGCUGAGGACGACAAGGAGAAGCAGAAGUCUUCGCUGCAGGCGCUGCAGCUCGUGCUGCAGCAGCAGCCCCUAGCAGGAAGAGCAGCUACUGUCGCUGCUGACAGGACAGCAGCAGCAGCAGCUGCUGCUGCACCAGCAGCAGCAACAGCUUACGAGGCAGCAAUUGGCAAUGUCUCAGCAAAGUCAGCAGCAGACGCAGAAGCUGACGCAGUAAAGAGCGGUUCUGGAGCGGCAACAGCAGCAGCAGCAGCAGAAUCCGCAGCAGCAGAGGCAGCAGCAGAAGCAGAAGCGGCAGCAGAGGUAGCAGCAGCAGCAGCAGAAAAGACAGUUUUGCUGGAGACGAAGGGACAAGCGCUGCGUAGAGCUCUCUAUGCUCAGGAGCAACAGCCGUUGCAGCAAGAGCAGCAGCAGCAGCAGCAGCACGAGCAGCAGCAGCAGCAGCAGGAGCUGCAAGAGCAGCAGCAACAAGAGCAGCAGGAGCAGCAGCAGCAAGAGCAGCAGCAGCAAGAGCAGCAGCAGCAAGAGCAAGAGCAAGAGCCUCAACAGGAAGAGGAAGAGUCGCGUCAGGAGCGAGAUGAGCAGGAAGUUGCAGCAGCAGCAGCAGUAGCAGCAGCAGCAGCAGCAGCAGCACCCUCAUACGAAGACUUCUUGCUAUCCCCUUCAGCAGCAGCAGCAGCUGCUGCUGCUGCUGCUGCUGGGACCGACGCAGACACGGAGGCGUUCGCAGCAGCAGAGGCGCAGCGGCUGCGGGCGCUGCCGCAGCAGCAGCUGCAUGCGCAUGCGCUGCAGCAAAGUCUCUUAAUUAGGGUUUUGAAAGGAGACACAAAAAGCCAAAAAAAAGAAAGAGAAGAACAAAUUGAAGCAGCAAAACGCGCAGCAGUGCAGCAGUUCCGGCAAGAUGCGAGGGACGCAUUUGAAGCGCAGGCGGAGGCCGCUCUGUCUCUGGUGGAGGCGCGGACUUGGGAUUUUUUUGCAAAGCAAGAAGAGAUGAAAGGGUUUAUGUUCGAGACAAAGGAGCAGAUGCAUGCGCUGGAGACGCAAGUAGACGAGCUGCACCACGCCUUCGGGGACUUGGUGAGCCGUCUAAACACCGCAGUCGCCGCCAGCCGCGUCGGCGCUGCUCUUUCGAGUUUGGACUUUGCGGUGUCUAGACACCUGCCGGUGGGGGCGGCUGUGAGGGAACUGGAAAAGGCUGGAGAAGAAGACCCCGUUGUAGCCUCAGUUGCUUCUUCGCUGCUGCCGCUGCUGCCUGUUCUUGACAGGGAGCCAGUGGUUUCUCCCGCUGCUGCAUUUGAGCAGCUCGAGGGAGCCCUUCGCCGCAGCGCGCGCGCAGCCUUCGUGCCCGAAGGCAGCGGCGUCCUGCUGCACUUGUUUUGCUACUUUUUGGGUUCUGUUUAUUCUGUUCUUCCUUCCCCUUUUGUUCAUUUUCCAUUUCUCGAAGAAGACGCGGACAGCCGCGCAAAAGACACGCAGCAGCUGCUGCACAACCUGCAGCAGCUGCACCAGGCUCGCAUGCACACCGACAGAGCGGACCUUCCUGCUGCAGUGGGGUGUCUAGACAGCUUGAAAGGCUUCGCGCGGCGAGAAGCUGAAAAAGAAAUUAAUAAAAUAAAAUUGAGUUUGCAAGUACACCAGGCAGUUGAUGCACUUCGAGCCAGACUGGACUGCAUCAACGCGCAGCUAGCCAGCUAA